UCCCGCUCGAGCAUUGAAAUUCAAUCAAUCCAACCUCGCCAAUCUCACAUACCUCCGGUUCGCAGGGAUGGCGGUAGGGUUGGUGAUCUGAUGGUAUUCAUCGUACGCGAGACCAAGAGCUUUCAUUCAUUCAUUCUUUCUUUCUUUCUACCAGUCCAUCCUUCGCCGUUCCUUUGAUGGUUCCCUAUCGCUCAACCGCCACUGUCGAAUGAUUUGGAGUCCGUAUCCAAUAUGAAACUCAUACGCUCGUUACCUGUGGUCCUCCCUCUAUUCUCGACAGCGCUGGCAGAUGUCGAGUUCACAGCGCCAGCGCGUGGCACAAUAAUAAAGGCCGGAGAUGUAGUAACAGCACAUUGGAAGGACUCUGGCGAGUCUCCUCGCAUUUCCGAACUUGUACAUUACGACCUUUAUCUUUGUGCUGGCGGAGACACAUUGGGGUCCCAGGAGAACCUGGCUAUCCUUAUUAAAGAUGGUGUCUUUUCCCGCGGCAACUCGGUUUCUUUCAAGAUUGAUCCAGCAGUUGGCGGCAACGAACCAAACGCAUACUUCCUGAAAAUGGUUGCAUCUGGUCCCGACGCCCAUGUAACCAAUUUCUCCGAUCGUUUCACACUCACAGACAUGGCUGGCGCUUUCUCGUCGAAUCUGGAGGAUGGCAUUGGCCUGCUUAGCGAAGGCCGUGAACAACAAGAACUGCGGAGAAGACAAGCUGCUGGAGCUUAUACAAUCCCAUACCAAUUGCAGACCGGGCCAACAAGAUAUGCGCCUAUGGCUAAAAAGCCUGGGUCAACAAUUCCAGCGGAUAAGUCGCCAACUCCCCAAUUUCCGACCAGUGCAUACGAGAUUGCUACUGCAUACCUUUCUGCACCUACAAUUCAGACCACUGUGUCGGCUUCUUUAACGUACUCUGUUUCCAGUAUCGAGAAUACUGCAUCCCCUGCACCACAUCCCCACGAUAAGAAAAUGAAGAGAUUUUUGGAAAGGUGGAAGGAUUGAACAUCAGCAGUACAUCUGGAGUCACAGGGCCAGGCUAUUAAGGGCGUGACUGUGGGUUAUCGACUGUAGUUUUUCAUGUGAUUUUGCAUUGGUUUGGGUUUGGUCGGCUUCCCUGUGGCGUUCAUAUAGCUGCCUGGCUUGUAUUUAAUUGUUUGGGUUUGAGUUGAUUGAACACGGUUUUUCUAUGAUAUCUAUGAGAACUGCAGUGCUCAUGGAAGCUCGGUGCUCA